GGCUCGGCCAUGGGCUCGGCGCUGCUCCGGCCGCCCUAUCAUAUCUCUUUAAAUGCGAAGGAGCCGCUGCGCUCUGCGCUCUGCGUGUGUGCGUGUGUGCGCGCGCGCGGAGGAGAAAUGACGAGACAGAGAGGGCCACUCUGCUGUGGAGGAGGACGGGGCGACUGACAGAAACCACAACGGACGACGAAAUCUGCUGCGCUCGGACGUUUCUCGCGUCUGCGGCUCAUCGCGUCCCCCCGCCUCCGACCGCCUCGUCCGGAUCGUGGACCCGGCCGCUCCUCGUGAAUGCGCGCGCUCGGCGGGCGCAUCUCUCGCCUCCUGGCAGGACGUGACGGGCAGGGCGGCCGCCUCCUCGUUCUUUAUUUCACCCUCUCCUGCGCCGCGACACUGAGGGAAACCAACGCGAUCGGGAGGCAGCAGCCAUAACAGCGCGCCGAUCAUGGAUUAACGCCCGAGUGGAUUUUUCAUCUGAGAGGUUCCCAAUGUUGAACAUGUCCACCCCCAGCGAGCUGAAGUCUGCCUGUGUGACUCGCAACGGAAUGGUGAAGUUGCCCCCCAGCCAGCCCAACGGUCUGGGUAGUGCAAGUAUCACCAAAGGGACACCUGCUGCCAAGAACCGCCUGUGCCAGUCCUCCUCGGUACCCUCCAUCCUGCCUCCUCCACCAUCCUCCCUUCCCUACCACCACCACCUGGAUGGCAUGCCCCACUCUGCGGCCUCUCUCUUGGGCUCUGACCUAGAGCCUGGAAAGCCUCUGGUAGGCUUGAAGUCGGCCCUUCGCCAUCUUCCCCCUCUCACUCUACCCAAACCCAUGCUGCUAGAGCGCCAACUUGUCCUGGAUGAGAAGCUGCUCAACCGACUGCUCUGGUACUUCACCACAUGUGAAAAAUGUGUGUUGGCGCAGGUAUGCAAGACAUGGCGCAAGGUUCUAUAUCAGCCCAAGUUCUGGGAGGGCGUGACACCGAUCUUGCAUGCCAAGGAGUUGUACACCCUGCUGCCCAAUGGAGAGAAGGAGUUUGUCAGCCUACAGGCUUUCGCCCUGCGUGGCUUCCAGUCCUUCUGCCUGGUGGGCGUGUCAGACCUGGACAUUUGUGAGUUCAUCGACAAUUACCCACUAUCCAAGAAGGGUGUCCGCUCAGUCAGCCUCAAGAGGUCCACCAUCACAGAUGCCGGAUUGGAGGUCAUGUUGGAGCAAAUGCAAGGCCUGAUGCACCUCGAACUGUCCGGCUGCAACGACUUCACGGAGGCGGGCCUGUGGUCCAGCCUGAACGCUCGGCUAACGUCGCUCAGCGUCAGUGACUGCAUCAAUGUGGCAGAUGACGCCAUCGCUGCUAUCUCACAGCUCCUGCCCAACCUAUCAGAGCUGAGCCUGCAGGCUUACCAUGUCACGGACACAGCCAUGGCCUACUUCACAGCCAAACAGGGCUACACCACUCACACCCUGCGGCUACACUCCUGCUGGGAGAUCACCAAUCACGGUGUGGUCAACAUGGUGCACAGCCUCCCCAACCUGACGGCCCUCAGCCUCUCCGGCUGCUCCAAGAUCACCGACGACGGCGUGGAGCUGGUCGCAGAGAACCUGCGCAAGCUGCGCAGCCUGGACUUAUCCUGGUGCCCUCGGAUCACGGACAUGGCCCUGGAGUACAUCGCCUGUGACCUGCACAAACUGGAAGAGCUGGUGCUGGACAGGUGUGUGCGGAUUACAGACACUGGUUUAGGAUACUUGUCCACCAUGUCGUCAUUAAGGAGCCUCUAUCUGCGUUGGUGCUGUCAGGUGCAGGAUUUCGGACUGCAGCACUUGUUUGGAAUGAGGGGUCUUCGUCUUCUGUCGCUUGCAGGCUGCCCCCUGCUGACCACCACUGGACUGUCGGGCCUCAUCCAGCUGCAGGACCUGGAGGAGCUGGAGCUGACCAACUGCCCCGGAGCCACCGCGGAGCUCUUCAAAUACUACUCCCAGCACCUGCCCCGCUGCAUGGUCAUCGAGUAAGACCGCUGACCCCACCCCCCCCCCCCCCCCACCGACCGACUGGCCGACCAACCGCCAUGCUUCAACCUUCCUCCUCUUUACUCUUCCUCACCCUCCCCCCCUCCCCCCAAUGCUAACCAGGAGACUGAACUGAUCCGACAACACCACACCACCCCCCUCAUCACCUGCCCCUCGACCUCACGUCUUCCUCCACACCCACUGAGAGGACCGACCCGCCGGCGGACAGGGAGGCAGGAGGGCAGAGGAUUGGACAUGCCACACCCGGAGGAUGACGGGACGGCAUUUGAGCUUCACUGAAGAAGAUGUCGGAGGGAAGAGCUUGGCGUGACGUCUUGUCUGACAACAAGUUUCUUUUUCAGAAUCGACGAAAGGCUUCUGUUUGUGGAGGAGAGCUCCUGUACAGACUGAUUUAUUUUUUUCCAGCUGAAUGGAUACUGAAGGGAAUAUUAUUUACAGAUAAAUAUGCAGAGUAAAGAUAUUGGGAAAAGGGAAAUAAGACUUGAGUGUUUGAGCUGAUAUGGUGGAACUGGCUCACACACAUACUGAAUAUGGUAUGGUGAACAAAUGAGUACUGAUAUUUCUAUUUCCCUCCCUCUGUGUGAUGAACUGCUGCUUUUCUUUUCCUCAGACGGUAUCACAGGUUGACUUGUCUUCGUGUAGGGAGCUGGAGGAACAGGAACAUUUCAGAAAGUGAAGGACAGGGAUGGGACAUCUCUUUUUCUCUGCGUGGUGUGGGUCAUUGACACGCAGCUUUUUGGGAUACCACCAACCUUUUCCAUUUUUAGUUCACGUCUUAUCAGAAAUCGAAAAAGGAGAAAAGUGAAGAAAAAGAACCCUACAAGAACUGUUUACAUUGUUAUAUUUUUGCGUUGGAAUUGCACGCUAGAUUGGCUUAUUGUUUCUCUCCUCUCUUCAUUUUUUGUAUAAAUUAUUAUUUAAUUUACAAAUCUGCUGGAGAAGCAGUCAUGAACUAUGAAUGUUGUGUUUUUGAAAGGGGAGUCGUGUUGCCGAGGCAGUGCAUCAUGAAGCAGGCAGUCUAACAAGAGUGUUCCACUUUCUGCUGAGGUUACUGACAUGAUGGAUAGAUAUUAAUCAUAAAUAGAAAAGAAGGCAGAUGUGGGGCUUCAACUUAUAUACUAAUCAAUAACCAGGGAGUUGGGUUGGUGAGGUUUUGUCCAAAACGGGGUGCACAUGUUUGAAUUGGAAUCAAAAUCAUUAUUCCUUUCCAUCUUUUAGAAUCUGACGGAAACACAUUCUGCUGAAUCUGCUCAUUCCUUGUGUCCUCCAUGGUCAGAUUACCUCAACGGUCAAAUGUGGAGGCCAUGGGGUUCCUGUGUUUAUUAAUAUUGUGGAAUGAACGAGAGCCCGGGACCCUUGUAAUCUCGCAGUUGGGGAUUUUACAGUUUUUCCUAUGGACCCAGAGUCAGAGGAACUUUUGGUUUAGUAUCGCUUAUAUCUGGGAAAUGUGGCCACGUGGCCACAGAUGAUCAGACGCAAACCUCAACACGAUUAACCGAACCUAAGUUGCAAUAGACAACAGCUCAGAAGAAUAUAUUGUAAUAAAUUAGAUUAUUCCUUAGAGAGACCUCAGAUUUCAUACACAUCCACAAACUGAGCGAAACUUCACAGACAAAAGGUUCUGUCUGAUUCUGGGUCGGAGGGGAAAAACAACCAAAGAAUUUAUUAACAAUGGAAAUAAGGAGGAAGGUCCUUUCCCACCAUCUGAUAUCUACAGCAGAGGGGAUGGAUGAGCCCGGCGGUGAGCGACUGAAGGCUUGUCGUCGUUUGUGUUAGUUUGUGCCAAAUGCAGCCGCUGCACCGACCCAGAACACGGCAGAUCGUGCAUGUUUUUCAGUUGGGUCUGCCUCUCUGUUUCGAGAAGGCUCGUUUUAGACGAUGCUCCGCAUCUCUUCGUUGUACAUAAAUUUAUUUAUUUAUUUAUUUAUUUAUCCAUGUAUUUAUGUAUGCAUUAAUAUAUUUUUUUUUGUCCAAUUCAUGUGAUUUAUUUAUCAAAGAGACAUUUUUUUUCAAGGGUUUUAUUUUAUGGAACUUGAAUAAGCUAGUGCAUUCAUUGUUUUUGUUGUUGUUGUUGUUGUUUUUUUAAAUUUCAUUUUCAACGACUUUCUGACAUGUGAAAUAACCUUCAUCUCACACAUUUGACAUGCUCUCUUUUAGACUCCAUCAUAAAUUCCUCAUAAUGUUCCAAGAGUAUAUUUUCCUCCGUGUCAGAUUCUUUAGCACCGUGUCAUCACUAAGAACAGGGGGGGCAAACAGCCUGCCGUCUCUGUCGCGGCGAACCAGUGUUUACAAUGUCUGCUGAAAUCUGAUGUGACAAUGUGGAGGAUGAGGUUGUGUGGAAGCUUCUCACUGGCAAGACGAUCCAACCCAAACAAAUCUGGACCGGUCCUGAGUAUUAUCCAGCUGCAGCAGCUUCAGCGCGAGCUCUGUGCUCACUAGCUUUGGGUUUGGGUGAGCUCACUACUGCGUCUGGACCUUUAUGGUGGUGCACAAUACUGUACAUACAAGGAGUGUGCUGAUAUGGGUUGGUAUGUUUUCAUUAUAAAUAAUUCAAGAGGUAUCGGACUUCAUUCAUUGACUGUAUCCAUCCACUCGAAUUGGAGGAAGGAACUGUACGAGACCUGUAGCCAAGACUUACAUUGUUUUCACUUCUGGAGUUAUUAUCAGUCGGCUACAGCCGAGUUCUAGUUUGUCGGAAUUCAACACCUGAAAUACAUAAUCAGAAAGAGAAUUGAUUUGUAUUCAUAUGAAAUGUUGUUUUUGAUAACUGAAUGAAAUUGGUUGUCGCAAAAAGUUGAAGCCAACGGGCUGAAUUUCUGUUGAUUCACCUCAAAACUCAAGUGACGUAAAAUGUCAAAUCCUGCGGGCUUGUUUGUAAUGAAUUGAUAAACUCUCAAACCCUGACUCAAAUUUGACUAGUGAGUAAUACUUUCAGUGUUUCCGCUUUGAAAGAGCCCCUGAAUGAUUCAAUUAUAAGUUUGCAUAUCAUGAACUGUGACAUGUACAGUCACGCGUUUCUCAACUUCAAGUGACAGACUUGAACCUGCCUGAGGUAUAAUCUACGAUACAUUUUCUAAGGUAAAUAAUUCCUGUAAUGUCUACUACUGUCUGCAGUCUUUGGUCUACAUCUGUCACCGUUUUGUUACAACCCUUGUACAGCACAAAUUUAAGAAAGCAGUCAAAUAAAUACUGACAGUUUACUGACAA